GAAAAUGGUACUCUGAAUUUCUCGAAUCCAUCCAUCCCAUGCGCAAUGACUAAUGGUGUUUCCUACAUUCCUGUUAAUAAUCAAGCUGCCCAAAUUUCAAACAACAAUUUGCUGUCUCCAACCGUUAUUCUUCCCCAACAAUCUGCGGGCACCGCUGACUAUGGAAAUCAAAUAUCAUCGAUGCCGCAUCAAUCUGGUGCUUCCAUCAUUCAGGUUCCUCUUAGUUCAUCUACACUGCAACGAGAUCAAUGCCCCUCUUACCUCCAUAGUGCUAAUUUUAUUCCUGCCGGAGCUAUCCUGUUCACAAACACCCCUGUGAUCAUACCCAGCACAGGGUUGGCCAACGGAAACGCAGUUGAGGUCUUAUACGCACCUCAAACACCGCCAACUUCACUUUCACAUCCACAAAUCACGCCUCACAUCCAUGUUCAAGGUUCUCCACCUCAGCAACACCAUCAUAACUCUCCAUGUUUCCACGAGGUCAAAUCGCAGGAGUAUGCUGCACUGGUGAAGGAUCUUGUGAAGCAGCGACUUCAAACCUCCAAACAGCAACAGGAGGAAAUGCGACGAAGUGAGACGCAUUCCUCGCUAUUUCAACAGGAUCCAAGUGCUACACAAAGACCUACAAUCUCAAACAUUAGUUUGCUCCAAAAGCUGUUUGUCAGCAAUGGAGCAGUGAGUGAAAACACUGCAAGUGUGCGCACAUCAGAGCAAUACCCAAAAACUGUUGACUCAUCCACCGACCAGAGGGUGUCGUACAUGGAUGAAAGCAAGUGUGCACCCAGCACCGUGGGUUCAUGGAGUUCGAUCGGUUCUACCGGUCAGGCCAAGAUGAUUGGCGGGAAUGAUAUCGCCCGGACUCGCACUGACAAUGAUUCAACGCCACCAUCCUACGCCUACACUCAUCCAUCACCUCCUGGUAACAGGACUCAGAAUGAACAUCAGGGAGGUGCGGAUGUUUCCCAAAUGGGACGACGGGGUCUACUUUCGGAGAAUACAAGCCUAUUUCAACGAUGGCCUUCCUAUGUAGAGCCCACUAACUCUCAGGUUUCGCUUGCAGAGGACAUGAAUUCAAUCCUCAAACACCUUCAAUAUGGUCUAUCGAAUCAAGUCAAGGGUUUGGAUCUCACUAGUAAUCAGAACAAAUUACCUGAUGAUCCUGUUACGUUUACAACACAUCAGGACAGUAGUUUGAACUCCCUAAACGGUGCUUCCGCUAGCGGAGACACUUCCUUUCGUCAUUUGCAGUGA